AUGAACCCAGCCAGGGCCUAUGAACAACUAGUAUCGGACAUCUUCUUGGGACGACCCACCAAUAGCUCAGCGUGUGCCGAACCCAUUCAUGGACCCAGACGUGAUACUGACAAUACACCAUGGACCGAAGACCAGCUACAGCAUAUUAUUCAGAAAGGGCUGGAGAGAGUCAAUGCAAGCCAGAAGCGGAUUGACAGUACGUCCGAGGUUUUCGGGGUGGUGCAGAAUUUGAAACCCAUAUUCAACGCCGUCCUGAGCAACACCCCACAUACUGCACUUCCAUGGGCAAUCGUUUCCUCCACUAUCGACAUCCUUGCAAAUCCAGUUCGAUCAACCAAAGCUCUGUACGAUGGAGUCAACCACGUGGUUGAUAGAAUGCAGUGGUAUUCGAAGAUAACCGAUAGUCUUCUUCAGAAUGGCAGCAAUAAUAGCCAUCGGAAACUCGAAGAAGUUCGUAAGCAGCUAGAGACUGGUAUGCUGGGUAUGUACAAGUGUAUGCUCUUUUAUGAAAUCAAGAGUGUCUGCUUCUACCACAAAAGCCAGGUUGCGGUCUUUGUCCGUGGUCUUUUGAAUGUCGAUGACUGGGAUGGAAGCCUGGCGAUAAUCACUGAACAAGAAAACGCUCUCCGAUCUGAUCUGCAACAAUACAAGCUGGAGCAGAUCCUCACAAUCCUUGAUCAGAUGGCCAUCAAUAAUAAAACGCGUGAUGGGGCUGACGAUGAAUAUCGCCAGUGUCUGAAGUCCUUGGGCGUGGUAAAUCCCAUGCUGAGAACUAAAGAUAUUAUAGCACGGAAGAAUGAGGUUCUUAAAGACUGCUAUAAGUGGGUAUUUCAGACGAAAGCCUAUCAAGACUUCAUAGAGUGGCAAUUCAAGGACAUGCCGAAUCUGCUAUGGAUCCAGGGGCAAGCGGGCACCGGCAAGACAAUGCUUCUAGCUGGCAUCAUGGAAGAAUUGAAUACAACUCUCGCUAACUCAGUCUCUCCAACAACUCUACAUUUCUUUUUCCAAGACAAGGACGGCCAGGUUGAUCAGAGUUUGAUGGCAGUGAAGAGCCUUCUCUGGCUAUUGUUGAGUCAAUACCCGUAUCUCGUUCAAUAUGUUCAUCAGGAGGCACAGAGUUCUCAGGGGAAUUUAUUCGACGGCGAAUAUGCCUUUACCGUGACGUGUGAUUUGAUCAAUACAAUGCUCCAAGAUGAUAAGAUCGACCCAGUUAUCGUUAUACUCGAUGGUCUGGAUGAAUGUGAGUAUAAGGCUAGAACAAGGCUAAUUAACUUUCUUGGAUCACUACUACAGUUGAACUCAGUCGGCAAUGUGAGGGUCAAGGUACUCAUAUCAAGUCGUCCUCUGGAGGAGAUUAAAACAGCAGUAAAUGGCAUCAAGUCAACAAUACCAAGGGCUACCCUCGCGGUGGACAACAUUUCACUUGAGGGACCUAUAACCGCUUUUAUCGAAUGGAAUAUUGAUCGAUUAGAAGAGUCUACUGAAGAUAAAACCCUUCUACUGACAAUCAGGAGAGAGCUUCGCAAACGGGCAAGCAAUACCUUUCUCUGGGUUUCACUGGUGUGCCAAGAGCUCAACCACUAUGGACUUCAUAUGUGGGAGAAUAUACUUGGUGAAAUUCCCGAUGGUCUUGUAGAACUGUACGACAAGCUUCUUGCCAUGUUAGAAGGAUCAAAAUACAAACGUCAUGUUCAAACUUGCAAGAUGGUUCUUACCAUUUCAAUAUUGGCACGUCGCCCAUUGAGCCUUGGUGAAUUGGCAUUGCUUGCCCAGAUAGGGGAAGGCAUGAUACGAUCUAUCGUCCAUGACUGCAGGUCAUUCCUCAUUAUCCAGGGAGAUACGGUCUAUCUGUUCCAUCAAUCGGUCCAGGAUUACUUGCAAGAUAACUACUGCCGACUUCAAGAUAAGCCUUGCGAAUACAUCCACCGAUCAAUCUUCAGCUUGUCAUUGAAAACCAUGGAAGACAAAUUACAAAGAAACAUGUAUAAGCUCCCCUAUUCAGGAUCCACCAUCGAUGAGAGCCGUCUCCCAGAUCCAGACCCACUGCGUGCGAUCCGAUAUUCGUGUCGCUUUUGGGUACACCACCUGAAGCACAGCGACUCCAUGUACGAUGCAAGUGAGAUGAUUUACUCGUUCUUCCGAAAGCAUUUUCUCCACUGGUUAGAAGCUAUGAGUCUCAUGCAUAUGGUGCCCGGUAGUAUCAGGAUGAUGGACGACCUGAAACCACUAACCACUUCACACUUUAUGCUGCACGACUUUCUUCAAGACGCAAAACGGUUUACGCUAAAAAAUCAAGCUAUCGCUAGUACUGCCCCGCUACAGCUUUAUAGCUCUGGCCUUCUAUUCUCACCUCAGUCUAGCGUUAUUCGACGAAAGUUUGAAAAGGAAAUUCCCGCCUGGAUAAUAAGGCGUCCUUCGGUUGAGAUGCAGUGGGAUGCAGUCUUACAGUCACUAGACCAUCCUGCCGCUGUACGCUUCGCAUGCUUCUCACCCGAUGGUCGAUUCUUAGCAUCCAGCUCUUGGGAUGAUUCAUACUACAGCGUUAUAAAUGUAUACGAUUCAAACACGGGAGAACUAAAGCAGAAACUGAAAUUUUCCAACGGCUUGAGCUCGUUAGCGUUCUCGCCAGACAGCCAACACCUAGCUGCGACGUGCUGGGACAACUGGAUCAGGGUUUGGGACACCGUGACAUGGACCGAGUCGGAGAUUUCUCUCCAAUACGAAAGGUCCCUAGUAGGGUUUACUUCAAGAAGCGAGCUUCUGGUCGCUACAGCGGGAUUCUCGACACUUUCAAUAUGGGAUAUAAGCGCAUCAACAUCAUACCCGAAGAUCAAGAUUGACACAGAGGCGGAAAUUGGAACAGUGAUCUUGUCACCUGAUUUUCAGCUGCUCGCUCACACUCGACGGGAUAAAACCAUCAAGAUUUGGAGGUCCUCAACCGGUGCACUUAUACAAACUCUCGUGGACCACUUAGGUAGUAUCGAAGGUGUCUUGGCCUUUUCCCCUGGUAAUGAUAUGCUCGCCUCGGGAUCUCGCAAUUCUCUGCGAUUAUGGAAGAUAGCGGCUCAGGAGCCGGUCUUUGCUUUCCCAUACAGCGGGUCAGUUAAAGCAGUAGCUUUCUCGAGAGACGGCAGCUUAGUUGCAUCAGGGGGCUCGGAUUGUAUGAUCCGGUUGUGGAACACACGAGAAGGACAUCUCGAGCAUAUCCUACAAGGCCAUGGAUCCAUACCGAUCUGUUUGUCCUUUUCAGUAGAUGACCAAGUGUUGGCAUCUGGCUCACAGGAUCUGACCCUUAAGCUCUGGGACCUUACACAAGGGACACGGGACCCAGCACGGGAUUCCGAACAGAUACAGCCCCAACAAGUGAACAGCCAGCCGGAUAUGAUCGCUACCAUCGAUAUUUCCCCUGACGAGCAACAGGUCGCAGCAGGAUCAUGGGGUGGUGUGGUUACCCUAUGGGACUUGAAAACAGGAAAAUUGCAAUAUACCCUAAAGCAUACAAGGUCUUGUACACAUGUGGUGUUCACGCCAGAUAGUCAGCAGGUAGUAUGGGGAGGGUUUGACAAAGGAAACCACGUGUGUAAUGCGAAAAGCGGGAGUUAUGAGGGGGAAACAGUGGCACGUCCGGCCCUACUACGUCUAGAGCGUGAGUCCUCAACGCGUAAGCCUGAGGUGCUGUUCGAAAAUGGAUGGGUAGUAGCUGCCAGCAGCGGACAGAGAAUCCUAUGGCUACCGCCUGAAUACCGUCCCACCUAUUGGGUGGAUUGGAAAUGCAUUGAACAUGGCAAUAUGCUGAUCUGCGGAACUGAUACAGGCCAUAUCCAUCUCUAUGAGUUUCAGAUGGAGGGGGAUUUGACCUGA